CGCUGAACCACAGUACCACUAGUGAACUCCACAAGAGUCAUUGCCCUUCGUAGACUACCAAUAUACAAGGCUAAGCGUAAUUGGAAAUAUGAACUUGGUCUUAAACGUAAGACAUUAGUCAUAACGUGUGUCUAACUCUUUGUUAAGUGAAAUAAUGGACUGUUUUUGUUCGAAAGUGUACUCAGUGCAUUGUAAAAUAGUGUUUUUGGAUGAAACAGAAUUGGUGCACGAGCUUCAAAACAACAGCAAUGGACAAGCGCUUCUGGAUGUCGUCUUCCGUCACUUGAACCUCCUGGAAACAGCAUACUUCGGACUACGGUACUUGGACCCACAUGGACAAACCCACUGGCUGGAUCCAACCAAGAAACUCAACAAGCAAAUCAAAGGAGCAGAUCCGUACACUCUUUACUUCGGUGUCAAGUUCUACGCUGCCGACCCUUGUAAGUUGUUAGAAGAAAUUACUAGAUAUCAGUUCUUUUUACAAAUCAAACAAGAUAUUUUGCAAGGUAGGCUUUUGGUUCCGUUUGAACUUGCUGCUGAGUUAGGUGCUUAUAUUUUGCAAUCUGAGCUAGGAGAUUAUGACCCCAGAAGACAUAAUACGGGGUAUGUAUCAGAAUUUAGAUUUUUACCAAACCAAAGUGUCGAACUUGAGAUGCGAAUCACUGAACUACACCAGACUUUAGUAGGCCAGAUGCCCUCACAAGCAGAACUCAACUAUUUAGAUAAAGUUAAGUGGUUAGAAAAUUACGGUGUAGAUUUGCACCCCGUAUUAGGCGAAGACCAUGUAGAAUACUUCUUAGGUUUAACUCCUAGUGGUAUCAUAGUACUAAGAAACAAAAACACAGUAGGAAACUAUUACUGGCCUAGAAUCACCAAAAUAUACUUCAAAGGAAGGUACUUUAUGCUGAGAGUAACAGACAAAAACGAUGAUGAGUGUACGUAUGGAUUCGAAACGCCUUCUAAGUCAGCUUGCAAACAUUUGUGGAAAUGUUGUAUAGAACAUCAUUCUUUCUUUCGCCUAGUACAAGUUGCACCAACCAGUCCAGACAUAUUUGCUUUAGGUUCUCGAUUUAGGUAUAGUGGAAGAACUGAAAAACAAGCUGUACGAGACGCUCAAAUGAAACUUCGACAACCUCCUUCGUUUUCUCGAAGACCAUCGAGAAAAUAUUCUAGAAGAAACCAGGUUGCCAAUGAAACAUUCUCGGAACCACCUAGAGUGAACCACCAACAAGAAAUCAAACACAUUUCUUUGCCAUUGCCUGUGGAAAGUUUUGAAGGUAACUAUAAUUCUACUAUUAAUAGUUCUGUUAAUGUCAAAAAGUUUGAUUCUCCGAGGAGUACCAGAAGUGCUCCUUGGUCGCAGCCACAUUCUAAAGGUCUAUAUAAUAAUUCUGCACCUGCUAGUCCGAGGUCAGUGCGAUCUGCAAGGUUUAGGUCUUCGUCAGUAGAUAGUCAAAGCUCCAAUGAUUCUAGAAAUUGUAAAAAACGAAAGCAUAGAAGUCGAACGUCGGACAAUGAAAGUGAGCACUCCAAUCGUUCUUCCAGAUCUAGAAGAAAACACAGAAGGAGGAAAUCUAGAAGUAACAAAAAGGAUUCUGGUUCUGAGUAUGACCAGAAAUAUUCUGAUUCUAGAUCUAGAAGUAAGGCUGAUAAUUACUACGAAUUAGUAGAUUCUGGUUUGCAAUGGCAAGAAGUCCAAAGAACGGUUGCUGCUAAUGAUAAUAGUUAUAACAGUAUCCAAAAAGCGAAUGUUGUUAGCAGUAAAAGAAGCCAGGAAAUCCGGUCGAACCCACCCAACUAUAAUAGCACAGGUAGAAGGAAUAGACACAGGAAGCAUAGGUCAAGAUCAAGAUCACCAUCAGAACCAAAAUGGCUUUCGAACGAACUAAAGAAACAUCUCGAGUUUGAUUUGGUGGAAACUACUGGUAUGAGUGACCUUCAACUCAAAGAAAUCCCUUAUACAGUCGUGCAAACUAAUUACAGCAAGCAUGUAAAACUAAGGCCGUCAAAUUCUUCAAGAAGCGAUGAUAAAAGCACGAUAUCAUCUCAUUCUCAGCAACCUGCUCAUUAUCACCACCACUUAAAUAGUUAUAUGAAUGAAGCUCUUACUAAUUUCUCAUAUCCUGACAAAGAUAGCAAUAGUAAUAGUCUGGUAGGACUUCCGGAGCCAUUGAAGCCAUCGAGUUAUUACGGUGGUAAUGGGUACAACGGAUAUGGUUCUGUGAAAGAGAAUUUUGUGAAUAUGAGUAGAAAUUAUCACGAACAUUCGGAUUCUGGUGUAGGGGUCGACCAAGAGUGUGAUGGUAAAAAACCAAACUUAAAAUAGUUUUAUUGUUGGUAAGUUAUUUAUUUUAAGGAGACGUUUUUAAUUUGUUGUGUUAUAUUCGUAUUUUUUAUUCAUUAAUUCAUUCAUUUGUUGUGUUAUGUUCGUAUUUUUUAUUCAUUCAUAAUGUCAUUAGUGAAGGAACAGUAACAAAUAUUAAAUUUAAAUAUUUUUGUAUACACGGUGUCAAAAAAGGUAACACCGUCUCUAGGAUAGGUGAAACACUGAAAAAUAAUUGGGGUUUGCUUAGUAAAAAAUUUUUGUAACGCCAUACGUCUUUCAGAUACAGGGUGUUGAAGAAAAAAAAUACACAUUCUUUACGAUUUUACCGAAACUACUGGCAACAUUGUAAUGAAAUUUGGUUAGUUUUAAGAAGUAUUCAUUUUGCAUUUUUUGACAUACAAUUAAGAAUUUUAUAUUCACCAUUGGCGCGCAUACGG